UCUAAGGGUAAAGAACUGAAAUAAUCUAAGAAGAAAAAAUAUACUUUGCCAUCCACGAGUGAUCACAUUCCUCCACACAAGCCUAGGAUGAGUCCUCCUCCUAGUUUUCCUCGUUCAUCUCAGUCGACGACUGCAUUACCACCUGAGUUUUUCAGAGUCCCCCCCUCCCCCCGGGUAGCACAAUACAGUACUAUUCCAUGCCGACCCAGGGUGGUUCGGCCUCCACUACUAUUAAUUUUGUUCCCACGCCUAAUUUGCCACAUUUGAGUCCUAAUUUCCUUGCUAGUCAGCAUGAUGGCUCACCAUUUAUUCCAUCCUAGGGCGGGCAUGAUGGUUCAUCUUUUGUGCCUCCAUCAUCGUCCACUCCAUUAUCAUCUCCAUCAUCAUCUACUCCUAAGAUAUCUAGACUUGAUAUUGGAGGAUCCUAGGCAGCUACAUCCCCAUCUACUAGUAUUGCUUCAGUUGCUCCUUCACGGAGACAGUAUGCUAGUGGGACUGUAGAGUACGAUCAUAUGCAUCGAUUGAUUAGCAUACCCCAUGGGGACGGGUAAGUACUUAAUUUUUAAUUAUUAGAAUAAAAUCUACAUAUAUUUAAAGAAUGUUUAUUUUACAUACUAUGCAAGUUUUUGCCAUUCUUUCAGGCCACACAUAUGGUUGUGGAAGCAAUGAAGUCUUUUUCCAUGGCCGUGGAAUUCAUGGAAAGAGAUUACAUACCAAAUCAGAGUGAAUAUGUGGCUUCAAUUUAUGACUAAGUGUGUAUGGCAGCCUCAACAUGAAAAUUCGGUGAAUGAAAAUUUCGAGAAGAGAGCUCGGAAAAGGAUUAAAGAUACUCACUUUGUUGCUCGAAAAGGUGGGAGCAGACCUUUGUGGUUACAUGAAGAUGUCUGGUCUCAACUAUUGGCGAAGUGGAAUACCGAAGAAUGGAAGCAGAGGAGUGAACAGGCGAAGGAAAAGGCAGAUGGGGAAGAUGUGUCUCAUGCUACUAUCUUUGAGGAGACACAUAAGAAAAAGAAGAAGAAGAAGAAAAAGGAUGGUACAAGAGAAGCAUGUGUCGAACCGCGUUCAUCAGAGAUGAAGGGUAUCACAGAAGAAUGGAGGAAUAGCAACAAACUCAGCCCAAUUCUCAGCCGACGCCCGAAGAUAUGACUUCGAUAUGGACACAGGCAGCCGGUGGAGUAAAUAAAGGUAGAGUUUACGGAGUUGGAGUGCAGCCAUCGUCCAGUCGUCCAACCGCAUUAAUUAGUCAUGCUUCUGCUUCACUCGAAGAAAUUGAGACAACGCGGACGCACAUCAAUGAAUUAUCUCAACAAUGGAAUAUUGCUCAGGAAACAAUAAAUAUGAUGCGGACAUUUAUGGCACACCAUAGAAAACAACCUAGGAUGGAAGAAUCUAACAAUGAGGAGACCGAAACCGACGAUGAUCGGUAGUAAUUUUGAAUGUAAUAUGAGUUUAGACAUUAUUGGUUUCGGCUUGGUUGAGUUUACAC